GCCUGAUAACGCGCGGAGGCCCUCGGGAAUAGUACCAUCACACCCGUACAUCCUCAUACUUAAAUCCUAAUCCCCGGACACCCGCAGCACAUUGUCCUGCGCACGACCCUGGUAUCCUGACUCGGACCGGAGCAUACUUCCGCUGGAUGCAAAUCUGGGGUAAGGCCGCUGCAUCUGCCCCACACAUAUAAAAGCCCCGGGUCCCCCCCUUGAAAUUCCAGAAAAACCAUACUUUUCUUGCCCCUUAGUUCCGCUCAUCCGAAUAUAACUCAAGUCGCCAGAAAAAAAGACAAAUCAAACCAGAAAACAGAUCUGACACGCACUCAGAGACAUUCUUCUGCCGCUAUUUAUUAAACAGAUUUAUUCUUCCCCACGAAUCCAAAAUGUCUUCCCCUUUCCCAACCACUGCUCUGAAGACUAAGGGCGUCCAAAUCUUGGGCCCCAUCCCAGAAAACGCCAAGCAUAUUUUCACUGCUGAAGCGCUUGCCUUGGUUGCCACUUUGCACAGAAACUUCCAGGCCCGCAGAUUGCAAUUGCUCGAGAACAGAAAAGAGCAGCAGAAAUUGCGUGACGCCGGUGUGUUGCCCGACUUCUUGCCUGAAACCAAGCACAUCAGAGAGGACCCCACUUGGACCGGGCCUCCUUUGGCUCGGGGCUUGCAAGACAGAAGAGUCGAGAUCACAGGCCCCACUGACAGGAAAAUGGUGAUCAACGCGUUGAACUCCGGGGUUGCCACUUACAUGGCGGACUUCGAGGACUCGUUGACUCCCGCAUGGAACAACUUGGUUGAUGGCCAGGUCAACUUGUACGACGGAGUGCGCAGAAACUUGACGUACUCCACCGGCGGCAAGGAGUACAAAUUGAACUUGGACCCAGGCAGACACAUCCCUACAUUGAUUGUCAGACCCAGAGGCUGGCACUUGGACGAGAAGCACGUCUUGGUUGAUGGCGAGCCUGUCUCCGGUGGAAUCUUCGACUUUGCCAUCUACUUCUUCAACAACGCCAAGGAGACCUUGGCCCAGGGCUUCGGACCAUACUUCUACUUGCCCAAGAUGGAGCACCACUUGGAGGCCAAGUUGUGGAACGACGUGUUCUGCCAUGCGCAGGACUACACCGGGAUCCCCAGAGGUACCAUCAGAGGCUCUGUUUUGAUUGAGACCUUGCCUGCUGCAUUCCAGAUGGACGAGAUCAUCUAUCAAUUGAGACAGCACAUUGGUGGCUUGAACUGCGGCAGAUGGGACUACAUCUUCUCCUACAUUAAGUCUUUGAGAAACUCCAAAGAGUUCAUCUUGCCUGACAGAUCCCAGGUGACCAUGACUGCCCCUUUCAUGGCCUCGUACGUCAAACUUUUGGUGCACACGUGCCACAAGAGACAGGUUCACGCUUUGGGUGGAAUGGCUGCUCAGAUUCCUAUCAAGAACGAUGACGCCAGAAACAAGGCCGCCAUGGAAAACGUGGCCAAGGACAAGUUGAGAGAGGUGCUCGCAGGUUGCGACUCGUGCUGGGUCGCCCAUCCUGCGUUGGUGCCAAUCGUGUUGGAAGUCUUUAACAAGCACAUGAAGGGACCAAACCAAAUCAACGUGCCUCCCAGAGUCCCUUACAAGCCAAUCACUGCUAGAGACUUGUUGAGCCCAUAUGUUCCAGGUGCCAAGAUCACCGAGCAAGGAAUCAGAGCCAACUGUAUUAUCGGCUUGUCGUACAUCGAGGCUUGGUUGAGAAACAUUGGAUGUGUGCCUAUCAACUACUUGAUGGAGGACGCGGCCACCGCCGAAGUCUCUAGAACUCAGCUCUGGCAGUGGGUCACUCACGGUGCCAAGACUGACGAGGGCAAGCUCAUUGAUAAGGCUUACGUGGCUAGACUUUUGCAAGAGGAAUACGAGAAAUUGGUCAAGGCAGGUAGCCCAGGAAACAAGUUCAAGCCAGCUUUGGAGUACUUUAAGCCCGAAGCCUUGGGCGAGAAAUACUCUGACUUUGUCACUACUUUGAUCUACGAUGAGAUCGUCACCAUCGGCAGACCAGUGGGCGCAGAGAAGUUGUAAGAGAAUAGAAUCACCAUAGAAAAAUAUAUCAUCCAAGCACGACUCAUUUCAUAGUGCCCUGUGUCAGUCCCCUGGACUUGAUUGCAAGUACAUACUAGCGACAUUUUCUUGGUUUUCGCCGGUCAGGCAAAAGGUGAGCUGGACUCUGGGGUAUGCGGUCUCAAACUGAGCGCCCAGUCUAAUUUUGUCGCCUCAGCUUGGGAGUCGUUUGAUAGCGCAAAAGAGAUCCAGACAGCAUUGUGAUUUCCAAAGGCCGUUUGUUUUUUGUUUUCUUUUUUUGUUUUCUUUCUCGUCUCUUCACAUAAACCUGAAUCCACUCGGGUCUACUGGCCUCAUCUUUCAGAUUCUUGGGUGCAAAAUACCUGACCUA